CCCAUUUUGUCUGUUGCCUUCAAGCUGAACAGUUGCAGGUUGCGAAAGUGAAAUAGAAGAAGAAAAACAAGAUGUCGGACUUCGGUGAAUCGCCACAUGACGAUAACAAUAAUUUCGAAGGAGAGCCGCAGCAAGCAGCUCAAGCUGCCGAUGUAUGGAUCGAGGAUGAGGAUUCGGCCACUUUAAAUGGUCCCAUGAUAGUGGCCAAUGAGUGGCCAGAAAUUAAACUAUUUGGUCGCUGGAGCUGCGAGGACAUUUCGAUUAGUGACAUUUCUUUGCAAGAUUAUAUUGCUGUUAAGGAAAAAUUCGCACGUUAUUUGCCGCAUUCGGCUGGACGUUAUGCCGCAAAGCGUUUUCGCAAAGCCCAAUGCCCGAUUGUGGAGCGUUUGACAUGCGGCUUGAUGAUGAAGGGACGCAGCAAUGGCAAGAAACUAUUGGCCUGUCGCAUUGUAAAGCAUGCAUUUGAAAUUAUUCAUUUGCUUACCUCGGAGAAUCCGCUGCAGGUGACGGUGAAUGCGAUUGUGAAUGCCGGACCCCGUGAGGACUCCACACGCAUCGGACGCGCUGGAACUGUGCGUCGCCAGGCUGUCGAUGUAUCGCCCUUGCGUCGCGUGAAUCAGGCUAUUUGGCUGAUUUGCUCGGGCACUCGCGAGGCUGCUUUCCGCAAUAUUAAAACAAUUGCCGAGUGUCUGGCGGAUGAGAUUAUCAACGCAGCCAAGGGAUCGUCCAAUUCGUACGCCAUCAAGAAGAAGGACGAACUGGAGCGCGUGGCCAAAUCAAACCGUUAAAGACGAUAACUGUAAAUUGCAAUU